UUCGACACUGGACGUUACCGUAUGUAGGGUUAAACAUCUUACAGAUGUCAAUCAUUCUCGCAUAUCUCGCCGUCGUUUUGCUCUGUGUUAUCAAAGAUGCUCCUCUUGUAUCUAACCCCAACCGAGCUGGUACAAUCCACCUUCGACUUACACGUUUUCCACCCCAUCUCUGACAGUCCUCUCCGCACAGGCUUCCUCGCGGUAGCCCAGAUCCCGAUCGUAUUCUUAUUUGCAACGAAGAAUUCUAUCUUGUCGCUCCUUUUAGGCCCCGGAAACGGAUACGAGAAGCUUAACUAUAUACACCGCAUGUCUGGAAGACUGAUGUUCCUAUCCGCAUGCAUCCACGGAUCACUCUGGAUACGCAAUCAUUUGCAGUACGGACUUCCGAUCAUCGGACAGCAAAAGGAAACUUCCGGCGUAGCAACGUUAGCCGUGCUCGGAAUCAUAGUCUUGACUUCGCUUCGCCCGGUACGGAGGUUAUUCUAUCAGGUUUUCUUCGUGGUCCACGUUCUGACAUUCGUUGCGUUUUUCGUCACCGUUCGUUACCAUACGCUGUAUGCGGCACCGUGGAUAUUCCCGGCCCUCGCUUUCUUCGGGGCAGACGCAUUCUUGCGCUUCUUGCGCUACCGCAUCAAGGAUGCUAAACUUAGCGCUCCGGAUCAACUAAUGACACUAGUUCAUAUCCAAGAUUGCGACGAUGGAUGGUUGGCUGGCCAACACGUCCAACUCCGUGUCUUUUUCUCCAAUCGCGCCUUCGAGAGCCACCCGUUCACCAUUCUCUCCGGUCCUCCGAAUAGGUCCUGCUUCAACCAGUCCGGCAUGAUCCUCGCAGCACGCGUCAACGGCGAUUGGACACGUGAACUCAACGCAUACGCGCAUAACGAACAAGACCCAUCUGUCUGCAUAUCAGAGAAGCAAAGUGGUGGCGAGCGGAGCUGCGUACCCAUACACGUCAUGAUUGAUGGUCCAUAUGGUGGGUCGAGUGUCGACCUUGGACAGUACGAGACGGUGCUGUUGGUUGCUGGCGGAUCAGGAGCAACGUUUACGCUCGGGCUUCUGGACGACAUCGUCUUUAGAUGUAUCAAGGCUGGCCGUCGUCACGGCGAACGAACGAGAAGGAUCGAAUUCGUAUGGUAUAUCAGAUCGUUUGGUCACAUCGCAUGGUUCGCAGAGAUGCUGACAGAGAUUGCCAUCCUCGCUGCAGGAACCUCCCUUGAUAUCCAUUUCUCCAUCUUCGUCACAUGCUUGUGUGACCCCGAAGCUGUACCAUUCAUACCCAACAGCGACGUCAAACUAGACCGUCCACCUGUAUAUACACUUCUCUGUGAAACCACCGGACUUUCGCGACCCUGUUCUUUCGAAUCCGCUGAAGCGGAGGAGGAUAAGCCAUUCAGCGCAGCACAGCCGCACGCUGGAGGUGGCGUCGCAGUGUGUGCGAGUGGGCCGGAGAGGUCUGGUCAGUCGAAACGAGGAAUGCGGUCGCGAGGUUGGGUGUCGGGAACGCUUUGAAGUUGGGUGGCGUUGUGGUGCAUGUGGAGAGUUUUGCGCUGUAAAUUGGGACCUGGGUUUGUAUGUACGUAUGAAGAUGUCGCGCGUAUGUUUAUUUUUGUGUAAAAUAGCCCCCCGGUAUUAUGAUCUUACACGAGCGGGAUAUGAAUGUUGUAUAUGGUAAACCAGGGCCUUGCGACUUGAGCAGACCAAGCCUAGAUGU